AUGGAGCUGGCGGGCACCAGACCUGUGGCGACAGAGCAUCCCCGGCUCCGGACGCCCAUGUUCUGGCUGCUGCUGCUUUUCCUGCUGCUACUGCUGCUGCCGGGUCCAGCGGCCUCCCAGCUGCGAUACUCGGUGCCAGAGGAGCAGACACCUGGCGCGCUUGUGGGCAACGUGGCUCGCGCACUGGGGCUGGAGCUGCGGCGCUUGGGGCCGGGCUGCCUGCGUAUGAACCACCUGGGUGCGCCCAGCCCUCGUUACCUGGAGCUGGACCUGACCAGUGGAGCUCUCUUCGUCAACGAGCGCAUUGACCGGGAGGCGCUGUGUGAGCAAAGGCCUCGCUGCCUGCUCAGCCUGGAAGUGCUGGCGCACAGCCCCGUGGCGGUGAGUGCCGUGGAGGUGGAGGUACUGGACAUCAACGACAACUCGCCGCGCUUCCCGCGGCCCGACUACCAGCUUCAGGUAAGUGAAUCGGUGGCACCUGGAGCGCGCUUUCACAUAGAGAGCGCGCAGGACCCCGACGUGGGCACCAACUCGGUGCAGACCUACGAGCUCAGCCCCAGCGAGCAGUUCGAGCUGGACCUGAAACCCCUGCAGGAGAACAGUAAAGUGCUGGAGCUGGUGCUGCGUAAGGGCCUAGACCGCGAGCAGGCAGUCUUGCACCACCUGGUUCUCACAGCUGUGGACGGGGGCAGCCCAGCCCGCUCAGGCACCGCGCAGAUCUCUGUGCUUGUCCUGGACACUAACGACAAUUCUCCCGCCUUCGACCAGUCCACUUACCGCGUCCAGCUUCGGGAGGACGCUCCCCCAGGCACAUUGGUGGUGAAGCUGAAUGCCUCAGACCCGGAUGAGGGCUCCAAUGGCGAGCUCACGUACUCCUUGAGCAGCUACACGUCGGACCGGGAGAGGCAGCUCUUCAGCAUCGACGCCAGCACGGGGGAAGUGCGGGUAAGUGGAGAGCUGGAUUAUGAGGAGGCCUCUUCCUACCAGAUCUAUGUGCAGGCAACAGACCGGGGCCCAGUGCCCAUGGUGGGUCACUGCAAGGUGCUGGUGGACAUCGUGGAUGUGAAUGAUAACGCACCAGAGGUGGUGCUCACGGACCUGUACAGCCCAGUGCCUGAGGAUGCUGCCCCCAACACCGUUGUGGCCCUUCUCAGUGUCAAUGACCAAGAUUCAGGUCCCAACCGGAAAGUGAGCCUGGGCCUGGAGGCCACACUGCCUUUCCGACUGAAUGGCUUUGGAAACUCUUACACACUGGUAGUGAGUGGCCCCCUGGACAGGGAGCAGGUGGCUGCCUACAACAUCACAGUGACAGCCACUGAUGGGGGAGUACCACAGCUCACAUCCCAGCGGACACUGCAGGUUGAGAUCUCCGACAUCAAUGACAAUCCACCCAGCUUCCUGAAGGACUCCUACUCCAUUUACAUCGAGGAAAACAAUUUGCCAGGGGUGUUGCUCUGCACUGUGCAAGCCACAGACCCAGAUGAAAAGGAGAAUUCGGAGGUGACCUACUCCCUCAUGGAGAGGGAGAUUCAAGGGCUGCCAGUCACCUCCUAUAUCUCCAUUAACAGUGUCAGUGGCAGCCUUUAUGCUGUCAACUCCUUUGAUUAUGAGAAAUUUCGGGAGUUCUUUGUGACUGUGGAGGCCCGGGACAAGGGGAGCCCACCACUGAGCAGCACUGUGACCACCAACGUGUAUGUAGUGGACGUGAAUGACCAUGCCCCUCACAUCCUAUACCCUACCUCAACCAAUUCGUCAGCAGCCAUUGAAAUGGUGCCUCGAACUGCCCCUGCUGGCUACCUGGUCACUAAAGUCAUAGCCAUGGACUCAGACUCUGGGCAGAAUGCUUGGCUCUUUUACCAUCUGGCCCAGAUUUCUGACCUGGACCUCUUUAAAGUAGAGCUACAUACAGGAGAAAUUAGGACUACCAGGAAGAUGGGAGAUGAGAGUGGAACCACUUUCAACCUGACCGUGGUGGUCCGAGACAAUGGAGAGCCAUCGCUGUCAGCCUCUGUGGCCAUUACAGUAGCUGUAGUGGAUAGGGUUUCCAAAAUCCUCCCUGACACUCAGAGACGUGUGAGAAGUCCUCGGACAUACUCUGAAAUUACACUUUAUCUAAUAAUAGCAUUAAGCACAGUGUCUUUUAUAUUUCUUUUGACAAUCAUUGUUUUGAGCAUCAUCAAGUGCUACCGCUACACUGCUUAUGGCACUGCGUGCUGUGGAGGCUUCUGUGGAGUGAGGGAGAGGUGCCCUGCAGAACUCUACAAACAGGCCAACAACAAUAUUGAUGCCAGGAUACCACACGGCCUCAAAGUGCAGCCUCACUUCAUUGAAGUGCGAGGGAACGGCUCCCUCACCAAGACCUACUGCUACAAGGCCUGUCUGACAGCAGGCUCAGGGAGUGACACUUUCAUGUUUUACAAUACAGGGGCUCAGACAGGACUGGGACCUGGGGGAGCCCAAGCAGCAGCAGGUGACAGCAGGCACCUCACAGGCCAAAGUGGACAGAGUGCUGGGAACCUGAUUAUUCUAAAAAACGAAGCUGUUUCUCAAAAUGAGCCCCGACAACCCAACCCUGACUGGCGUUACUCUGCCUCCCUGAGAGCAGGUUUACUCAGCUCUGUGCACCUGGAAGAGGCUGGCAUUCUACGAGCUGGUCCAGGAGGGCCUGAUCAGCAGUGGCCAACAGUAUCCAGUGCGACACCAGAACCAGAGGCAGGAGAGGUGUCCCCUCCAGUCGGUGCUGGUGUCAACAGCAACAGCUGGACCUUUAAAUACGGACCAGGCAACCCCAAACAAUCUGGUCCCGGUGAGUUGCCAGACAAAUUCAUUAUCCCAGGAUCUCCUGCAAUCAUCUCCAUCCGGCAGGAGCCUACUAACAGCCAAAUUGACAAAAGUGACUUCAUAACCUUCGGCAAAAAGGAGGAGACCAAGAAAAAGAAGAAAAAGAAGAAGGGUAACAAGACCCAGGAGAAAAAAGAGAAAGGGAACAGCACGACUGACAACAGUGACCAGUGA